AUUUCCAUGUUUAAUUUGGCCCACAUUUUUGGUGAACUUAAUUGCAAUGACUUCCUUAUCUCUAAAUUCCUCAGUAUUCUUUAAAUAUAAAGUAUCAUGGUUAAAUAUUUUGAUUACAGCAUAUAGCCGUUCAUAAAUCAACUGUCAUGUUAAUCUAAAGUCACUGUAAGGCUUAAAGUUUUGUCAGUGGAGAGAGACAGAAAAGCAUACAUCAAAAUGAGACAGAAUAUCAGUGGAAAUUAUGGAUAGUCAUAAGUUCCUGGCGGGGAGAGAGAGAGGAGGGCCGAGCAGGGCCUUAGUGACAUCUCCAAACAUGUCAGCACAGCACAUUGGACAGCACAGCCCUGCCCUCAGAACCAAACCACAAGAUCAACAAGGGCAAAGCUGUUUUCUCUUUGCCCCCAACAGCAACCUUUUGUCCUUUAACGAAGGAGAGUCCUUUCUCGAAAGGUUGAACUGUUUGCAGGCAUCGUCUCCAAAGGAUCCAUCACAUCUUCUCAUCUGAUACUCAAUCUUUGGAUUUAAACCUUUUCUCCACUCAACCAUGACCGUUUCAGUCUACUCCAACAUUGGGUUUAUCCGCUCUCUGAAUGUCCUACUUCUGAUGUUGACUGGUUUGAGCUUGAGCAGUCCCAUCAGGUCUCUUGAGAACCAUCACAGGGCAUCAGUCGGUAGAGAUGAGGGUGAUAAUCCGCUACUUGAUGCACAGGACUUUCUGAGCCAGUUUCUGUCCACGAUGAACCUCACAGAGCUGAGGCCCCAGCCCAGGCCCCUCGUGGCUCGUAAGGAGCCACCUGAGUACAUGCUGGAGCUGUACAACCGUUUUGCCCAUGAUCGCACUGCUGUGCCCUCGGCCAACAUUGUGCGCAGUUUCAAGAAUGAAGAUUCCUCCCCCUACAGUAUAACGGCCAGGGGCGUAAGGAUACAUCCCUUGCUGUUCAACAUCUCAAUGCACCACCAUGAGCACAUAACAAUAGCUGAGCUUCGCCUUUUCACCCUGGUCCGGAAGGCCCAAAGACCAUAUGCUGGCAUUGACUGCAAGGUGACCAUCUACAAAAUACAUGAGGGUGUUGUUUGGACAGAAGAGGUGGGGAAAGAAGGGAGAAGGAGGGAUAAAGAGGAGGUGGUGGAGAUGGAGGAUUUGGAGGAACUGGUGACAAAGCAUAUCCAUGCCACAGAUAACAGCUGGGUGUCGUUUGACCUGACUCAUGUGGUUACACUCUGGCUGAAGUCAGGGUGUGCAACUCACAGACUGGAGGUUCAUAUUGCAAGUCUGGGGUCAGAGGAGGAAGGGGCCACACAAAAGGUCACAGAGCAGGGCGGGAGGUUGGUGGAGAUCGAUAUCGACAGGAGCUUGGAGGGGAAACACAAUGCAGUGAUGAUUAUAUUCUCAGAUAAUCAGAGCAGAGACCACAAACAGGAUAAACAAGAGCUCAAUCAGAUGAUUGAACAUGAGAAUGACCUUCCUGAAAACAUGGGCCGGAGCCAACAUGCUUUCUGGGGACACAUUAAUCACAACACUGGCCGUGCUAACCUGGACGAGCUGGACAAACAGUCCCUCAUGCAACUGCAGUCCAACCUUAUCUAUGACACACCUCCCCGAAUCCGUCGCAAUGUUAAGAGCGAGCCGUGCAAGAGGACCCCACUCUUUGUGGAUUUUAAAGACAUUGGCUGGGAUACGUGGAUCAUCCAGCCUCUGGGCUAUGAGGCAUAUGAGUGCAACGGUGUGUGCAACCCACCUAUGACCUCCGAGGUCUCGCCUACCAAACAUGCCAUAGUGCAGACACUGCUGAGUGUUAAGAGUCCAGAGAGGGCAUCGCGUGCCUGCUGUGUACCCACUAAGUUGGAGCCGAUCUCACUCCUUUAUCAUGACAACGGGGUGAUCACUUUCAACCACAAGUAUGAGGGAAUGGUGGUGGCAGAGUGUGGCUGUAGAUAGUCCUGAAAGUGAUGCUAUUACACAGAGAUAGAGACUGUGCACCGAUGGAGCUAAAGAAAUGAUCAUCAUCUCAGAAACAUCUGUCUAUCUAUCUAUCUAUCUAUCUAUCUAUCUAUCUAUCUAUCUAUCUAUCUAUCUAUCUAUCUAUCUAUCUAUCUAUCUAUCUAUCUAUCUAUCUAUCUAUCUAUCUAUCUAUCUAUCUAUCUAUCUAUCUAUCUAUCUAUCUAUCUAUCUAUCUAUCUAUCUAUCUAUCUCAUGUGCUUGUUUCCACAGUAUCUAAGAUCUCAUACAGUGGUGUGUAAAAACACGAGUCUAGACUUAGUUGUAAAUUAGGGAUAGACACAAAUCUGUGCUACAUGAUGUAAAUUUGUAAUUGUAUAAAGAUAAAUCAGUGAUUAUUUAAUUAGUAUAGAAUAUAUAAAGCUUUCAAAGUAAUGCUGCAAAUCUCUUUAAACAGUUUGUCAUGAUUUAUUAUAAUUAUUUGCCGAUGUUUGUAUUUUAGAAUGUUUUUGGUUAAGUUCCACAAUUCAUUGUAAAUGACACUAACGAGCCAUAUUCUUGCAAAUAUGGCUAAUCAGCCCCAUCCGACACAGUAACAGACAAAAGAAGAAGAGAAAAGACAGAAAGUUCUGAUAGCAAAUGUCUGAACAUCCUGGUUGAAAUUUCUCUUCAACCUGUUUCAGAUAAAGUGAGCUCCAUGUCAUUAGGGGCAAGUCAAAUCAGCAGCACUGAUAGAAGAAGAAUUUGGAAAUAAGUAUGUGAGAUCUAUAUAAGUACAAAAGAUAUACCCUGAGUGCAAAGUUUCAAGGUACAGAAUCUGCCAAAAGUGAAGUCUGCGCUUUGGGUUAUUUCAGUGCGAGUGCUGGAACAGAAUGUACUAAACAGACUGAACCUUCCACACACUGCCUUAUUGCAAAAUCUAAAUGUAUUAUUGCUGACUUUUCAUCACAGACCUUUCUCAAAACUUUAUUUUUUCCAUCUACAUUUUGCUCUGGCAGAAAUUAUUCCUAAUGCAGAAAUUGAGAAGCUCCAGCUUUUCCAAACUGAACUGAAAAAAUCUACAUUUUAGGAUAGGCCACCAGAUUUCAAUGAUUUGCACUACUGAUGGUAUGCUGUAUAUUUUUUUAAAUAUGAAAAGGCUCUUAAAUUCAACUGUAAUAUAGUCAUAGUCCUGCCAAAAUGCUUUAUAAGUAGAUAUACAUGCUGCAGAUUUGUAAAUGGUAUCAUUUGUUUCUGUGCCCUAUGGCAUGUUGGAACCACUGAACUGAUUUAAAGAAUGUGACAUUUUUGCUCUUAUUUGCUUGCCAAACUUGCAGAAAAUAUAUUUUCAGUGGCUUUUGACCAGGAGAGGAUUUUCAGGGUGUCUUGGAGCUCUUCAGGGCUUCUUGUCUGAAAAAUGUCCAAUUUCUCUUACCUAACCCUGCUGUCAGCUGCUGUGAAAUCGUUCUUUACGCCCCAACCAUUCAUAUCCUGAUUUUGGUUCUCACAACAACAUUAAUGUUAUUAUGGUUGUUAAAAAAAAAAUCUGAAAACAAAUAUAUUCAUUGAGCAAUUUUUGAUCUCUUGUACACCCUAUUUCAUUGUCAGGUAAUCACAGCACUCCCCACCUAACAACCUUAAUCCCCAUCCCUCUAGCGUCACAUGCCUGGCGGGCCUCUCUCUGCCCGCUUCCAUGCCAUAGUGAUAACGAGGUGUCAGAGCCUGCAGUCUUGUAGACCGU